CAGCCUACAGACUGCUACUGCUGUUAAUCUGAGGGGCUGUCUGGGUUCUCAUGCCGCUAUGAGAGACUACACGGCCACUCCGAGCAAUGGAGGCGCCUGCAUGCCGUGUUGCCAAGUUUGCGUGUUCGCCUUUACCGCAUUUCUCAUCGUUGCAGAGAGGACGGCGCUGAUCUACUGCUUUGUUUAUUAUCUAUGGGUGGGUCACAACUACUGCUAUGCCCAUCUUGCUGGCUUCACUGCCCUGUUCCUGCUGCCAGGUUGGGGACCUCAGUGGCUCAGUUAUCUGUGGUACCUGUCAGAUGGACGAAUUCGCAGGAAGUCUCUCAGGUGGACACACAUACUGCACCUGGGAAUCUUCAAAAGGCUGUUGGAGUGUAUGCGCCUGCCAGAUGAGGAUGUGUAUGGUGAGAUCAUGCAGCAGGCUGACGCAUCUGCCUUACGACUGUUUGAGGCCUUGGUGGUCACCCUCCCUGAGACGCUGCUCCAGACCUAUGUGCUGUUGAUAAUGACAGUGAACACUUGGCGAAGGGAUUGA